AUGGUGUUUUUCGCCGGCAAAUACUGCUGCUUGCUGCGGGAGAGCAAUCACGCACGGCCGAACUUCGACGACCCCGCCGGCGAGGGCCUCCUCGAGUGGUCCGGGGUCGACUCCCUGCAUAGCAAAAUUCAAGAAUCCUUCGAGAUCGCAAGCGGGGCGGUGAUUCAGAUGCUUUUUAGCUCCUCCGUCGACUUUAUGGGGCACCUUUCCUCGCUCAAAACUUACUUUUUGCAGGAGCGCAGCGACUGGGUGGUGGACUUCCUCGAGAGCGCCGCGGAUUUAUUGAUGAAGCCGCCCGAUAAGGUGAAAAUCCACUCCCUGCGGGUGCUCCUUCAGUCCGCGAUCGCGCGCGGCGGCGCGGCGGCCUCGGACCCGUACCACGGCUGCAUCAGUUGCAACUUCGCGGAUUCGCUUCUUCAGGAUUGCCUUCGGGCGAAGGCGGAGGGAAACGGCGGGGCCCCUUCACCAGGAAACGCGGCCACCCGCGACGUUCCCCAUUGCAUCCAUCUUUUGCAGCUCGAGGCGGAGCUCCAGUGGCCGCUCACGCUGGUGCUCGACGCCCACGUGAUCGAGCGUUUCAACCGCAUCUUUCGGCUGAUUAUUUGGAUGAAAACGUGCGAGCGGAUGCUGGCCUCGUUGUGGUAUACAAACGAGGCGCUCUCGAGUUUUGCCGCCGCGUACGGCAUCAAACACCAACUCACGCAGUUUUUACGUCAGUUUCUCUUCUACGCCGCGCAUUUUGUGGUGGAGCCGUUGUGGAGCCGCAUGGUGAGCCGCGUGCUGCAGACCGAUAGCGUCUUCUCCAUCACCAACGCCUUGAAUGACUUCUUUGAAGGGGUGGAACUGGGGCUUGCGAUGGCGAGCCCGCAGCGGUUUUCGAGCUUAUCCCACAUUCUGGAUCUUUGCCGCCGAUUUUGUGAGUUGGGUGUGCAUAGUAGCACCACCACCGCGCCGUUGAUCGAGGCCACGCUGCACGCCAUCGAGGAGGAUUUUUUGCGCACCCUCUCGGAGCUCGCGGCGCCGAUUGGGGCGGAUUACACCCAGCUCGUACCGUUGCUCACGUGGAUCGACUUUAGUGGAUUCUACGGGAGAAAUAACGUCUACCACAUCCUACGAGGCGCAUCCCAUACCGCGUAG